AAAAAAAAAACCUAAUUUCCCUCUUCUUUACGAAUCAUGCCCCCCUCCUCCGAAGAAACCCAACCCUCAAACGACGACGGCGACUCCCUCUCAAAAUCAGGAGACGCCAUCGGCAUGUAUCGUGACGAAACCCUAGCGGAUUCGAUUCUUUACGGGGAGACGCAGGCUGUAGAUGGCGAUGGAGAUGAUGAGGUUGAGACUCAGGUUGUCGGCGGGGAUGGUGAUGAUAGGGUUUUGGGAGAUGGGGCUGAUUCUGUUGCUUCAACUUAUGAUGAGGGGAGAAGUAAAGAAGACUAUGUUUCUUCAGAGGUACUGCAAAAUGAAGGUUCUUGCAAGUCCAAUAACAGGUCUGCAAGGAGCUUUGCAGCAGUUCGUACAGCAUCCUUACGAGCUUCUGGUCUUGCUGCUGCUCGAAGAAACCCCUCUGAGGCAGACAAUGUUGAGUUUAAAGCUUUAUCUAAUAAUGGGUCUGUGAGAAGCUUUGCAUCAGUUUGUACUGCAUCAUUACGGGCUUCUGGCUUUGUUGCUGCUCAGACAAAGCCCUCUAAGGCAGACAAUGUUGAGUUGAAAGCUUUACUUAAUAAUGGGUCUAUGAGGAGCUUUGUAGCAGUUCGUGCAGCUUCAUUACGAGCUUCUGGUCGUGCUGCUGCUCAGAGCUCUAAGGCAGCCGAUGUUGUGUUGAGUUCUUUAUUUAAUAAUGGUGAAACCCAUAACAACCAGGACAAUGUUGUAGGUGAAAUAGCAAGGGUUCAUGAGAGGGGAGCCUCUGAGAAGUGUACAAAGGACUACCAUAGGGAUGAAAUGAACAGAAAAAAUAAUCAAGUAGUGAAAAAACUUCUCUAUGACACGGAAUCAGAUGAGGAAGAAAGCACAAUCAUGCCUAACAACAACAAUGGACAUGUGUAUUCACCGAGUUCUUCUGUACCUGAUAAUAUUGCAGGAUUAACGUAUAUUGUGUCCCCAGUACCUGGAGAUCUGUCUCAAGCUAAUGCAUUGGAUGUCGUCAAUAAGUUUCUUGUGGUUAAUGAUUUAGGAUUGUCUCAAGAAUAUAAAUCCGAGAUGAGUACUGAUACAGUGAAGUCUCCACCUACAUCAAAUGCUAAAGGUGUUCGGAUCUUGGCUAAAAAAACUGGUCACAAAAGUCCAGUUGGGAAAAUUGGAACCUUUGAGUGGAUUGACAAUCUAGAGGAUGAGGGAGGAGGUGAUUUUUUCACUAGAAGAAAAGAUUUCUUUUUUGGAAGAGUUGAACAGAGAUCACUCAGCCUACCACCAAUUGUCCCAGAUGCCGUCCUUAAAGACCAAGGUGAUGAACACAGAAAUUAUCCGUACCUAACAAAUUUUAAUCAUUUAGGUUCAAGGUUCAUGGAACACAGUUCUUUAAUGAAUGAAAAGGCAUUUGUAGCUGAAACAAGAGCAAGGAAGAAUCUUUUCAAGGAUAUAAAUGAGCAACCAAACUCAAAAUCUUUGGAUCAGCAAUUGAAGCCAACUGAUGUGGAUAGAGGUGAAGAGGGUAUAUGUGAAUAUUGUCCUGAUACUCAAAUGGCGGUGGAAGCUAUGGAGCCAUUAAUACAUGAAAAUUCUUCACAAGCUGCUUCUUCAAGAAAGUUUGCUUCCUCUACACCCAACUUUGAAGGUGUUUCAACACGGUCCAAGAAAAGAAAGAUGCUUUAUACCAACUCAAAGCUGGAAGUGCAUGUUACGUCGAAGGGUAAUUCAAAAGAACAAAAAAGUUUGGAGUGCACAACAGAGAAAACUAAAUCAAGGAGGGGGAAAAAGGAUCUAGAACAAAGUUUAGAUACCAAGAGUUUAGCCAAUAAAACUAAAUGUUCUAUAUCUAUCAAAGGAGAGAAGGCACUGAGACAAAUGGAUGAAGCUUCUAAAGGGGAGGCUCACAAAUGUUCGGAGCCAGGGACAUUGAGUAACCAAUUGUCAUUGAACAAUGAACUCAUAAAAGGCAGUGUUGGUAUUAAUUCUACACCUAUUGCACUUCGUACUAGGCAUUUAAAAGCAGUUAGACUAGCACAAAAGGCUGAAGAAGACAUAGCUAGUGAUUAUAGAGAAGAUACAAAUGCGAUGACAAAUGUAAGUAUUCAUGGUAAAACGAAAAGGAAGCGUUCUGACAUUGAUUCUGUUCAAAAUGCGGAAGUAAAAAAUCCAAGCUACUCUAAUGCUCAAGAUAAUGAGCGUCUGGAUGAAGUGGUAAAAGAUGGUUCUCCUGUAAAAGAUGUUUUUGCCCAAUCAAAACAGAUGAUAAUGAGGCAAACUGCUCAGGAAUUUCCAUCACCAUUAGAUGACAACAUACAACAUAGGACUAAACAAAGAAAUACUAAAACUGCUAUCGAAAGCAUUUCUGAAACCCUAGAUACUGCAAAAAGGAAGAGAAAAUCAGUUUGUACGAGCAUGGUAUCUGGUGUGAGAACAAGGUCAUCUUCAAAAUCUUCUUCACUUAUGCCUAAUGUAGAAAAUGCUUUGAUGAGUUGUUCAAAUGAAAUGACCAAUCCUUGUUCUACUCCACAACUCAAGCGAGUUGUAGGUUUUAAUAAUCAAGUUGAAGUUGCAGAGGAAAAUGCCAAAACUGAAAAAUCUACUUGUGAAAAUCUUCGGCCAACAACUGUCAAAGAUGUAGAUGCAGUGUCUCCUGUUUGUGUUGCAGGCAACUAUAAAAGAACACCAGGAAAUGAAAGUAGACGCCAGUCAGUAAUUCCUAAGGAGCUAACGCAAUUGGAAGCCAGCAUACCAUCUCCAAGUCCCAUGUUUAAUACCAGAAGAAGGAAAGAUAUGACAAGUGUUCGUGUUUUGUUUAGCCGACAUUUGGAUGAUGAUAUUGUCAAACAACAAAAAAAGGUCAUGGGAUGCUUAAGUGUUCAGCUUGCGACCUCAAUUUCAGAUGCUACGCAUUUUGUAGCAGAUAAUUUUGUGCGUACGAGGAACAUGCUAGAAGCAAUGGCUAUGGGCAAACUGGUGGUGACACAUAUGUGGCUUGAGAGCUGCGGGCAAGCUAGCUGUUUUACUGAUGAGAAAAAAUAUAUUUUGAGAGAUGUUAAGAAGGAAAUAGAAAUUGGGUUCAGCAUGCCUGUUUCAUUAGCUCGUGCAUUCCAAAAUCCACUGUUGCAGGGUAGAAGGGUGUAUAUUACACCAAACAUACAACCUAGGAGGGAAGUUAUGUCCAAACUUGUUAAGGCAGCUCAUGGCCAGCCAAUUGAGCGAAUUGGGAGAUCCAUGAUGAAGGAUGACAAAAUACCUGAUGAUCUUUUGGUUCUUUCUUGUGAAGAAGAUUAUUCCACUUGCAUUCCUUUUCUUGAGAAAGGAGCUGAGAUUUUCAGGUCAGAGCUUCUACUGAAUGGUAUAGUUAUACAAAAGCUAGAGUUUCAGAGGCAUAGACUUUUCUUGGAUCAUGUUAAAAAGACUCGUUCUACGAUAUGGUUAAGACGAGCAACUGGCAAUGAAUUCCUUCCUGUAUCUAAAUGCGCAUAAAUUUUUUUUUUUUUCCGCUCUUGUAUAUAUGAGGGUUCCUCAGGAAAUUAAAAGGACAAAGUUAAUGGUUUCGUGUAACGAUGACUCAAAGUAUUUGAGCUAUAUUUAACUUGGUAACUUUGUAAUAAGUCAAUGGUGAUGAGUACGAGGGUCUUAGUUAUGUAAUAAUGUGCUAAGAGUUUAGCUAGCAAAUUUAAUUGUGUGAGUUUAGCAAUUGUUAUGCUUAUUAGAAUGCUUAUUAUGGAAAGUUAAUGGUAAAAUGCAGACAAUCUU